GAGUGCGGCUCUCCUACCUUCUCGGGCAGCCCAGUCUUUGCCAUCCUUGCCCAGCCGGUGUGGUGCUUGUGUGUCACAGCCUUGUAGCCGGGAGUCGCUGCCGAGUGGGCGCUCAGUUUUCGGGUCGUCAUGGCUGGCUACGAAUACGUGAGCCCGGAGCAGCUGGCUGGCUUUGAUAAGUACAAGUACAGUGCUGUGGAUACCAAUCCACUUUCUCUGUAUGUCAUGCAUCCAUUUUGGAACACUAUAGUAAAGGUAUUUCCUACUUGGCUGGCGCCCAAUCUGAUAACUUUUUCUGGCUUUCUGCUGGUUGUAUUCAAUUUUCUGCUAAUGGCAUACUUUGAUCCUGACUUUUAUGCCUCAGCACCAGGUCACAAGCACGUGCCUGACUGGGUUUGGAUUGUAGUGGGCAUCCUCAACUUUGUAGCCUACACUCUAGAUGGUGUGGACGGAAAGCAAGCUCGCAGAACCAAUUCUAGCACUCCCUUAGGGGAGCUUUUUGAUCAUGGCCUGGAUAGUUGGUCAUGUGUUUACUUUGUUGUAACUGUUUAUUCCAUCUUUGGAAGAGGAUCAACUGGUGUCAGUGUUUUUGUUCUUUAUCUCCUGCUAUGGGUAGUUUUGUUUUCUUUCAUCCUGUCCCACUGGGAAAAGUAUAACACAGGGAUUCUUUUCCUGCCAUGGGGAUAUGACAUUAGCCAGGUGACUAUUUCUUUUGUCUACAUAGUGACUGCAGUUGUGGGAGUUGAGGCCUGGUAUGAACCUUUCCUGUUUAAUUUCUUAUAUAGAGACCUAUUCACUGCAAUGAUUAUUGGUUGUGCAUUAUGUGUGACUCUUCCAAUGAGUUUAUUAAACUUUUUCAGAAGCUAUAAAAAUAACACCUUGAAACUCAAUUCAGUCUAUGAAGCUAUGGUUCCCUUAUUUUCUCCAUGCUUGCUGUUCAUUUUGUCUACAGCGUGGAUCCUUUGGUCACCUUCAGAUAUUUUAGAGCUACAUCCUAGAGUAUUCUACUUUAUGGUUGGAACAGCCUUUGCCAACAGUACAUGUCAGCUGAUUGUUUGCCAAAUGAGUAGUACCCGGUGUCCAACUUUGAAUUGGUUGCUGGUUCCUCUCUUCUUGGUUGUCUUAGUGAUAAACCUAGGAGUAGCCUCUUACGUUGAGAGCAUUCUCCUGUAUACAUUAACAACUGCUUUUACUCUGGCCCACAUCCAUUAUGGAGUACGAGUGGUAAAGCAGCUGAGCAGCCAUUUUCAGAUUUACCCCUUCUCAUUGAGGAAACCAAACUCAGAUUGACUAGGAAUGGAAGAAAAGAAUAUUGGCCUGUAAUAAUCUUUCUUUGGGCACAAAGAAGUACUGUAAAUAAAUGCUUGUAAAUAUUUCCUCCAUCACCAUUGAACUAGACUGAUCUGCUUGACAGACAUGGGAUCUCAGUAUGGUACUUGGACAGCAGGAAUGAUACAUAUUAUCUGAACUUGGGAAAUUUUGGACCUAGUAACUCUAAGCCUAUUUUAUUUUUUAUAAAACUAUGUGACAUUUUGGUUGAGCAGAAUGUACGUUAGACCAGCAAAAUGUUCCUAAUGGUUCUAACUUCGUGAGUUUACAAUGUUGUGAUUCAUGCAGGGUUAAAGAUGCUUUGUUUUUAUUUUUUAAAUACCCAAAUUGGUUUCAGAACACUGAUAACACUCAGAAAACCACAGUGUGUUUUCAUAUUUGGAACUUUGUAAUAGUGGGAGUAGCAGUAGUCCAAACCUAGUAUAGGGAAAGGAUAAAAAUAAGUCACCUUCACCAAGAGAUGCCAAUGAUUACCAAACAAUAGACAGUUGCCAAAUACUGGUUUCUCUUUCCCCUGAAAAUGGCUUUUGUUCUCAAAUGAUAAGAGAGCUAAUACAUUUAGCUAAUAUUCUAGCUCUCUUUAUUAUGGAACAGAUCUUGAUAGAUGGUUUAAUUUUCUCCUAAAGAGAAAUAAUCAGUUGAGAAUUUGAGAAUGGGUUGUAAUUAUAGCUCACCCAUUGGGAUGGUUCAUUGUUUAAAUGUGGCAUUUUCCCCCCUUUAGCUGCAGGUUCCUGAGAUUUGGUGCCUGUGAGCUCUGAUUGUAGGAAUGCAUGUGACAGUCCCAGUCCUAUGGUAAUGACUUGUGAGGAGUGCAGAUAAAAGUACCUUGUAAGAUAAAUAUAAAUUGGAGUUAGGAAUUUCAUGAACCUCACUAUGACCAAAAUUAAUUUUUUUAUUCAGUUUGUCUGUCUGUCUGUCCUUCCCCUCUCUCUUUUUUCAGGGUGAGGUGCUGUGUUUCUUAUUUCAUACGAGAUAAAACAGAGAGAAGUUCUCUCUUCUCCAGCUUGUCCAUUUCCCCACUUGAAGAAAAGUUUUGAUAUAUAUGCCUUACUGAGUACAUGCCCCCUUUAAUGUUAAUAUGACUUGGAGUAAUUUCUGAGGUUUACUGACAAACAUAAAAAUCCCUUUAAUUGUAGUGUAGUUGUUCUAUAAACCAUAUUUUUUCAUGAUGUGGAUAUUUUCUUCUAUUUCUUUGUCUUCAUUUAAUUUGGUGGUGGUGAACUUUACUUGCUGAUUUUCUUUUAUUUUUCACUGAAUGAAGUUUGUGCUUGAAUGAAGAGUGUAUCUUAAACCCCCUUUUUUUGGACAGGCUGCACUUGGAUAAAAUAGGCACCACUGUGUUGAUGUGUAAUUAAAUUCAUAACUAUUUAUGAGUGUGACCAUUGUUAAAUUUAAUUAUAGUGUAUUUCUUUGUUGAAUUUCAGUCUGCUGCUUUGUAAAAAAUAACUGUAAUUGAUAUUUCAUUUUUAAAAUUUAUAAAUUCCAAUCAUUGUCAUUCAAGUUAUUAGAAAUGAGUCACGGCACUAACUCAUGGUUCUAUACUCAUUUUAAGAAAUUGUAAAGGUUGAGGUGUAUUUGGUGACUUUCUCUGAGACACAGAUGAACGUUGGAAAUAGAUGAGAAAUGGAUGCAGAAUAAUGCAGAUAGUGAUCCCAUGUUUGUUAAUUGCCAUCAUGGAAGUCAGAGAAUUAACCAAUUAAGUGACGGUAACUAUUUUUUGUAUACCUUGUUCUUUGUGAUCUAUAAAAUUAAACUGGAUAAAAUGUUAAUUGGGGGUAAGGGAAAAAGCUUUGUUUUAAGAUUUCUAAGCAAUUAUUUUACCGUUUUGUUGACCUUGUACACAAGAAUGAGAUUAAUCUGUAUUAUAUAAGAAAAGAACUGAUAAAUAUUUAUAAAAUGACAAACUUGGACCACAGGCUUUCUUGACCUUGUACAGUAUAGUAAAAAUACCCUUUACUUCUGACAUUAAGGUCACGUCCUAUAGUUUGGGGGCUCUUUUACUUCAAAAGUGUGUUUCUGCCCUCUUUUGGUUGUAUCAAAUUUAUUUGAAAAUUGUUUUGUGCUGUACUUUAUGACUUGUUUCCCUAUGGUGGUAAAGAAUGAUGCCAUAGUCAGUUUUAUUGACAUUGUUAGAUGAAAGAAAAGUAGCUGUCAACAAGGGGAAAGUGAAAUUGAGCAAUUCACUGUUUCAGGAUACUUGUGGAUCUUUAGUGUACUGCUGACUCUUUUUCUUGUUUUGUCUGCCAUUCUUGAAAGUGCAUCUUGAGAGCCCCCAUUUGUUGUGUAGAGAUAUAGCAGCUGAAGCAGGACUUCAUUGCAGAUAGCUGUGUGCGUUUAUGUCAUGCCAAUUACUAUAACAUUUCCAAAGUAUGAAAGGUCUUUCAGGCUUAUGCAUGAUAUUGUGGGUGACUUCAUGCCCCAGCCUUUCUCCCCAGCAUACAGUGAGCUGCCUUUUGGGGAGCAAUGCCAUGAUAAGGAGCAUAUGUGCAUGUUUUCCGUACUUUCAGAAUAGAGUGCCUUAGCUAGGCCAGAGGCUCGUAUUGUGUUUCUGCUGACCAAAGUUGCAUACACCUGUAAGAAGUGUCUUUUUAGGUUAUGGUAUUAAAAAAAGUCCUUUCAGGCUUAUCAGAUAAUAAUUCUCCUAUAUUUGAGGGGGGCAUGGGAUAAAAAGAUUUAAUAAUACCUGGAUAGAGAAUGCUAAUGCUGCCUUUUGUGAUCCUUUAAUAUUAUCCAUGCUUUUAUAAAGUGCAGUACACAUUUUGACAUUGCCACAGUUUACAGUGUCAUUCUUCCACGAAUAGGUAAUUGAUAGAGUUUAUGGGUUUUAGUCUUAAGGGUAACAGAGUGAAUAACUUCCAAAUAAAAAGCUAAAUAUUCCUCCUUGUCAUUUUAAUGUCAUUAUUGAAAUACUUUUAAUUCUAAUUUUCAAAAGAAAGCUAAAUGCUGAUUGUGGUUUAGGAUGUUACAGUACUAAUACCAUCAUGUUAUUUAUUCUAAUAUAGAGGCAUUGAGAGGAGGGGAGUGUAUGUCUAGAGUUACCCCAAUUCUAAAUAGGUACCAAAAGAGUAUUGAUGGUGACCUGGAGCCUGAGCUUUGGGAGAAUAUACAAAGGAAAGAGCAGGCAUAGUUUCCACUUUAAAGGGAAGAAGGGACUUUAACAUCCUAUGAAUUUGAAACAUCCUAUGAAUUUGAAAGUUUCCUAAGUGUUGUUUUCAAAGAACUGGUUUAUUUUGUAGUCAGUCAAAAUGCAUUUGGAAUGUACCUUGCUUCCAUAACAGGCUUUGACUCUAUGACCUAUGAAGAAUAAAAAGAUAAUCUGAAGGUGUUUGAGUCAGAGGCUACUUUUCCCCUUUAUAUUUUAUAUAGAAGCCUAUUUGUAAUUCUUCCUCUUCGUUCUUCACCUGGGUUUCCUCUUAUCUACCCACCACCUAGGACAGAGGCUGCCCACUCAGGUCUUGCCUUGUUGCCCCUAGAUGUUGCCACAUUCACAUCUCCUUGAUGGCCUUAGAUCUCUUGACUAGUCAAGGACUGGGAACGUGCCAGGGGGAACAAAGUAAGCUUGAUGGGCUGGAACUUUUGACUUUGGGUCCCCAAACAGCCAAAAACAGAUACAGAAAUCUUUGGUUGUGUUGAUGCCUGUGUUCAGAGUGGCCUUAUCUUGACCUCAGUUCUGGAUUUAAGUACUCUAUAGAAAAUUUGUGAAGUCAGACCAGAAUUUUCUUUGUCCCAUGAGGUGUCUUUGUAAGUCGGCAUGCUCUUGCUUGAACACCCUGUGGGUGAAUAACUUUAGUAAGUUAGCUGCCAGCAUUAGAACCUUCCAGGAAGAAUUUUAACUAGUAUGCUACAUUUGAAGCACUUUGACAUGUACAUUUAAAGUGACAGUUUUAAAAGUAAAAUGGUGUUAAAUCUCUGAAACUUGAACGUAUGAUGCUCUGGGCAUUUUAGGAAGCUUAAGUAAAUUUCUGAUUUUCCUUUAUUGAUUAUGUAACCCACGUGAUUUGGAUAUUUUAGUUUUUAUGUUUGACAGUGGUACAAAUGACUGACAUUGGCAGGCAGUUAUUGUAGGGUAUAUGGUUAAUCACGAUUGUCUAACUUUUCCAGAGAAAGUGGUGAUAUGCUUCUUCCUUGCAUGGAGCUGUGGGAAUUGGAUUUGUUGGCUCUUCAUUUCCAGUGUUUCCACAGUGCAGAAUAAAUGUAACUUUUUAAGCCUGCAUGCUAGUAAUAUACUUUGCUCUUUAGUAAACAAAUAUGCAAGAGAUAGUAAUCUAUCUACUUUUUUUAAAGCAGGGAUCUGCUCCCUAUCUAGACAGAUCUUUUAAUGCAUUAAUAUUUAGAGUAGCAAAGGAAGUUUUGCCAUUUGUAGCUCUCUCACAGGUAGCUUAAGCGAGGGGGUUGUGUUGCAUAUGCUUAGAAAGGCCAGGUUCCCAGAAUUGGAAGGUGCCACAUAUACUGAUUUUAGAAUAUUUUAACAAAGGCUUGUCUCUAGGAAAAUCCACUUGGACUGCAGCAGGAUUGUUCUGGUCUUCCACAGACCAUUCACAUGGUCUUUCUCUCCAGAGAAUCAUUCUUAGAAAGCCAGGCUAAAUCACAGUAGUGCUGUUUUUGAAGCAAGUAUAUUGGAUGAUGGCUAUAGGGUACCUUAAUGCUGUGUUGAAAUUGGAAGCAGACUGCUCUCUUCAGCAGCACAUAUACUGCAAUUGAAGUUAGAGACAGUACUGAAGACGAGGGAGUAGCUAAAUGCUGUGGAUAUUUCAUGUCUCUUUGGCUAAUGUCUUCUCUUGAGCAGUUUCUAUGGGUAGCAAUUAAAAUUAGAAUUUAUUUUAAGGUUUUUAUUAAAAUAUAUACAAUUUGCCAUAAAUUCUAGAUUCUGAUAUUCUUGACAAGCACUUUUUUAAUAUCUCAAGAGUAAGUUCUUGACCUGGAACAUAUUUAGUUAGUACUUGAUGUCACUAACCACGUUGUAGAGGGAGCCUGUUAUAAUUCUGCAAGAUCUGUGAAUAGCAUUAUAAAUCUGGGGCAGGUGCCUGUAAUCCCAGCACUUUGGGAAGCUAAGGCAGGUGGAUUGCUUGAGCCCAGGAGUUCGACACCAACCUGAGCAACAUGGCGAAACCCCGUCUGUAAUAAAAAUACAAAAAAAUUAGCUGGACAUGGUGGCAUGUGCCUGUAAUCCCAGUUACUGGGGAGGCUGAGGCAGGAGAAUCACUUGAACCUGGGAGAUGGAGAUUGCAGUGAGCGGAGAUUGUGCCACUGCACUCCAGCCAGAGUGACAGAGCAAGACUCCAUCUCAAAAAAUAACAAUAAUAAUAAAAAUAAACAAAUCUGUUUAAAUUACUGUUGCCUUUCAGCAUUAGACUUUGAGUUUAAUAACUACAAAUUGAGACUGCUCACAAUAUUAACUUUUUUUUAGGUUAUUUUGUUGUUUAGAUAACUUGCCUCCCUAGAGGAGCAUUCAGGAGAUAAAGACCUAGCUACAUGUAAUGAUAUGAUCAUUUCAAAAAUGUGCCAAGAAAGCAAAAUUCAUUAUUGAACUCUAAAUUUCUGGGUGUUUUUUUUUUUUUAAAGUAGCAUUUUCUCUGGGUAAAGGGAAAGGCAAUGAAUGAUUGCCAACAUGUAAACUCCCUGCUGCCCGCCUUCCCCCAGUCCCCUCCGUCUAACAUAAUACGGUAAAUUUGUAGCCAGUUGUAGAAAAAGAAAUUGAUAUCUUUCUGAGUAAGGUUUCAUGCCCUGUGACUAAGAAUAGGUGGCAGGAAUCAUGGCCAAAUCAAAUAUGAAUUGUUUAGCUUGGUCCUGUUGCAGUUGGCUUUCUGUAGUGUUCUGAAACAAGAGGACGAUUCCAUUCCUUCUCAGGAACCUAGAAACAACACCGCUUGAGCAACUGGAAUAUGUUUGCUGCAAGCAGAAUAUUUUGGGGAGAGGAAGAGUAGUUUAAUUCAAGUAGUUUAAUUGAACAUAUUAGUCAUUGGUCUGUCUGGGACUUGCUGUGUUCAUAGUAGCAAUGUAUGUACCAUUUAUUUUAUCUGGUUGUGUGUGAUGUGUGUAUAUGCCUAUUUAAUAUGUACACAUAUAUUCACUACAUAUGUAUGUAUGAUCUUUUCAUAUAUACAUGCAGUCCGCUUGAUUAUCAGCAAAAUGGUCAGCCUUUAUCAGAUUGUUUCUUCAUGUGGACUUAAUCUGCAUGUGGCCCUUACUCUGAAGCCUCUUCCUGAUCUGGAGCCACAGUCUGUCUGUCUUCCAGUUCAUCUCAGUCCUCGAGAAAGGUCCUUUAAAUAUGUCACUUUCCCAUUUUCCUUUAACCAUGGGUUGUGUGAGCCAGAAAGAGCUUUGAGAAAGAUGGCUGCUUCCACCAGGGUGGAGGCUUCUAGGUCUGCAUGAUGAUGGGGCCCGUUUCUGGCCAGAGGGUGGCUCUGGGAGCAGUUGUGCUGCGGGCUUGCUGGGGGAGAACUCUAACUGUUGCAGAAACAGAGCUUCAUGGCUUGCUUAAAUUACUUAACUGGAAUAUUUUAAAGUGUCAGAUAAUGUGAUGUACAAAGAGAGUAUGCCGAUGCAUUUCAUUGUUUUUGCAUUAUCUGUAUCAGUGUUUCCCAUUGCUAGCCCGAAUAAUCAAGACCAGACUGUUUCUUGUCACUGGAUUCUGGAAGCCUUGCCCUUUCAACUGGAUUUAUGUUUGUUUCUGCUGCUGUGAAACCCCAAAGUAAUGCAGUAGGUUUUAAUUGAAAAUUGUUUAAUUCUAUUAUUGAUAAUUAUUUAUUGUAAUAAAAGUAAAAGUAAUUUUUAAAUCCUUUUAA